AUGGGCCUCCUGGCUCCGCCUCCUGGCCCCGCCUCCUGGCCCCGCCUCCUGGCCCGCCUUCCCGUUAUAAACUUCGAGGCGACCGAGCCUUUGCAGUCAAGGCCCCACGCAAGAACACCAAAGGCUGAACUGAGAGCUGACAGGACAUCAAUUCCAGCAGGGGGCGCUGUGACCCUGACCUGUGACGUGAACCCUCCAUCACCUGGCUGGACGUACAUCUUGUUCAGAGGAGAUCACCCGGGCACACACGAUGAUGGUAAAAACUUCAAUGGACGAAUCAGUGUCUCCAAGGGAGGAGUCUACAGGUGCAGAGGAGUGAGAAGAGAACCAGUUUACUACACAGAGUACAGUGAUUCAGUCACUAUCAACAUCAUUUUAUCAAACAGAGCUGUUGUGACUCUUCAGCCCCAUUGGACUGAGAUAUACAGCGGAGAGAAGAUCACUUUGAGAUGUGAAAUCGAGGGUGGAGACAACUCUGAGUGGGAGUACGAGUGGAAAACAAGCAGCUCAUUCAAACCUCCAAAGGAAAAGGAAUACAGUAUUAGACCUGCUUAUACAUCACACAGUGGAAACUACAGUUGUAAGGGCAGAAAAAAAAGUGACCAGUCUCCAACAGGUUGGAGCGAUCCCAUCACAUUAACGGUUUUAUCCAGUUCACCCCAGCCUGUCCUCACCGUGUCUCCACUCUGGCUGAGUCCUGGAGACUCUGUGACUCUGAACUGUGAGGUUAAACACCCAUCAGCAGGAUGGAGGUUCUACUGGUAUGAAGCUAUUCCCAAACUAUCUGACAACUCCUACAACUCCUACAACUCCUACACACAGCUGCUAUCUGGAAGCAGAGAUGGAACUGAAAAGUAUUCCUUCAUUGUUCAUGGACAGACACACACAGCAGGAUAUGUGUGCAGAGCUGGAAGAGGAGAAAUGAACACUCCUUAUAGUGAACCAAAGUUUGUCUGGUCUGGAGAUUUGCCUUCAUCAGCAUCUCUCACAGUGAGUCCUGAAAGAGUGCAACACUUCACCUCUGAUUCUGUCUCACUGGAGUGUAAGGGGAACUCUACUCAGUGGAGAGUGAAGUUUCAAUGGGACAGCUUCCUGGUAGAUUGCUCCAAGUGGGAUAAAAUGACUGGAUCAACAUGCACAAUAGAGGAAUACAGAUUGAGAAAUAAUGUGUACUGGUGUGAGUCUGGAUCAGGGGAGUUCAGCAACGCUGUCAACAUCACUAAACAGAGUAUGUUUUUAUUACAUUUCUUCUUAAAGUUUUUAUCUUUCAGCAUCCAAAAUAACAAACUCAUUCAAAAUGAUGCCAGAAAGGAGCUUAAUAUCUCUGCUGUGUCAAAGUCUGAUGAGGGCUUCUACAAGUGUCAGACCUCAGGGAGCGAGUCGUCUCAGAGUUGGAUGUCAGUAACAGAACAGGUAAUACUCUCCAGAGAGUUCAUUGAUUUCUAA